AUGGUGACAUCUGAGGGGAUGGUGUCACUGGAGGUGAUGGUGACACUUGAGAUGAUAGGGCCCGAGGAGACAAUGGGGGCAGUGGAGGCACGAUGCCCUCGAGGUGAUGUUGCCAGAGAUGAUGAUACCAGAGGCAUUUAUCUCAGUAGUGGUGUGGAUGGUCCGAUGAGAUUGCCCUGGAAAGGGCUGGAGCCCACAGUAGAAGUGGGAAAGGCUGGUGACGAGCGCUGGGUCCUGCCACAAGCCUGGAUACGCCCUAUGGGUCCCCUGAGCCCGGAGGAGGGGCCGCCCAUCUCGACGUCGGGCCCCGGCGUGGUGGUGCGCGCCGAGGAGGCGCUCAUAGUGCUGCUGGUGCUGGUGCUGUGGCUGGCGGCCAUCGCGCUCUUCUUCAACCGCUGGGGCAAGAUCCGCAUGCUCGAGCCCUACCAGCCCAAGUUCCAGCAGCAGCACCGCGUCAGCUGCCCCAUGGUCGACAUCAACGCCGUCCAGCACCGCUCGUUCUCCAAGUUCAACCUGAACUGCCUGGGCGAGGCAGGUUCGGGCGCUCCGCCGCUUCGGCCGCUGCUGCGCCCGCGGCAGAACUCUGUGUUCGUGGGCGGCUCGGGCUACAUGCUGCCGCCGCACCUGGGCCCCCCGCGGAAAGCCAAGUCGGCCGCCGACCUGCAGACGCUGGUG